UUGCAAGAUUAACAUCUUAUCUCCACAUCGAUAUGAUAAGAAUCUUCAUCAGACGACACUCCACUCUGUAUCGAGUAUAUAAAUCAAUGUCAUUUCUUAUUUUAAAAUCAAUCAAGUUUAAACUGCAACAACAUCCAACCAAACCAUUCAGUCCAGUCGCAAGCACAGCCGGAACUAUUUUCAUUGUCGUCAUCAUGCGCUACUUCAAUAUCCUUCUGCUGGUGGUCGGAGUUUGGGCCAGUCUUGGCUGGUGUGACCGCGGCAAUAUCGAAACUACCAGUUUCAAUGGUCGUCCCGGCUGCAAGACCCAGGGGGAGGUCGGUAAUGUUUAUGCGAAUUUCUUCGAUUCGACACGUUAUUGGCGUUGUCUGGCAAUUGGUGUUGAUGCCGUUUCACUGCGCUGUCCCAAUGGCUAUGGCUUUCAACCGAAAUUUAAAACUUGUGUCUCGUUUGCAUCUUGGCAAUGGGAAAUUGCCCAAAUGCCACCAAGUUGUCCUGAUUUCGAAGUGGAAUGCAUACCAAAUUUGGUGGUUUAGAUUUCACCUCAAAAAAGUGUGGAAAAUUUUAAUGUGUUUUUUUUAUAAUUUGUAUAA